AUGCAGGGAAGCUACAAAAGUAAUGGUUUACCAAGACCUUACUAUAUGAAACCAUCAAAGAGAAAGCACUCGCCCUAUGCCAAUCUUAAAGAACCGGUAUCUUUCUUCAACACCCCCAGGCGGAAGCUUAUGGGCUACAUCACCGUGUUCUUGCUCAUCAGUACCCUAAUGUGGUGGCUUUCGCAAGAUUUGAAAGAUCGCCCUGAUAAAAUUUACGAAUUAGUUCCCGAAACAGACCAUCCUCCUGAGAAUAAACUCAACCUGGGUAAAAGCUCUCAUAACCUUGAUGACGUGGUAAAGAAUGCUGGCUCCAAAGCUGAUAAAGAAAUUGAAAAUUUGGACUUGGCUGAGAACUUGGCUGCUGGACCUAAGGGUGAAAAGGGAAAGGGAGUAUUGGAGGCACCAAAAGGUGGUAUUGCAAAUGAGGCUCCUGUUGUUGGCAGCGAUGAAGACAAGAUUGUAGGAUCAGGACAAGGUAAUCAGGGGAAACAUAGAAACAUUGAAAAGUCGUCGAAUGUUGGUGGGAAAGGUGCAGCUGGAGAUGCCAACGAAGGUGAGAAGAAGAAAGUUUCAAAUAAGGAAAAGGUACAACAAAUCAUCCUCGAAUCUCACUGA